AUGGCUGGGCGAGAUGAGACGAGGCGCUGCUGGGUGCAGCGAGGCCGGCGAGGUGUCUUUCCAGAACCAAUGACUUCUCCUGAGCAAUAUUCUGAUGUAUCCCCUUAUUCACAGUACAACACUGUACAUUUCUCUCCAGCGCAGCCUCCAGUCUCUUCACCUCCUUUUUACUCCAGCCUUGGCUUCUGUUCCCAACAGCCUGAAGAAUGGUACUCACCAGUAAUGUAUGAACUCAGAAAAAUUCCUUCUGAUAACUUUUUCAUAAAGGAGUCGGAAGCAGGAGGCAUGCCUGUUGCCAAGAGGUCUCGGAUGGGCCCUUCCUCAGGAAGAAUGAAAGGCGAAGAGUUGUGUGUUGUUUGUGGGGACAAAGCCUCCGGGUACCAUUAUAAUGCCCUUACUUGUGAAGGCUGCAAAGGAUUCUUCAGAAGAAGCAUCACCAAAAAUGCUGUAUACAAGUGUAAAAAUGGAGGGAACUGUGAGAUGGACAUGUACAUGAGAAGAAAGUGUCAGGAGUGUCGUCUACAAAAGUGCAAGCAAGUGGGAAUGCUGGCUGAGUGUUUGCUAACAGAAAUACAGUGCAAGUCAAAACGGUUAAGAAAAACUAUACCACAACCUCCAGACCAGACAAUCGGUGAAGAUAAUGAAGGACCUGAUUUUAAGCAAGUCUCAUCUACAACCAAAUUCUACAGGGAGAAAAUAGAACUAACCCCAGAACAGCAGAACCUUCUUCAGUAUAUCAUGGAUUCAUAUAAUAAACAAAGAAUUCCUCCUGAGGUUUCUAAAAAGCUGUUACAAGAGGAAUUCAGUGCUGAAGAAAAUUUUCUCAUCUUAACAGAAAUGGCCACCAGUCAUGUACAGGUCCUUGUGGAAUUUACCAAAAGGUUACCAGGUUUUCAGACCCUUGACCAUGAGGAUCAGAUUGCUUUGCUAAAGGGUUCGGCUGUGGAAGCCAUGUUCCUUCGGUCAGCUGAGAUCUUUAACAGAAAACUUCCCGUAGGGCAUGCUGAUCUCCUAGAAGAAAGAAUUCGUAACAGUGGUAUCUCAGAUGAAUAUAUAACCCCCAUGUUCAAUUUCUAUAAAAGUGUUGGUGAACUGAAGAUGAGACAAGAAGAGUAUGCUCUGCUCACAGCAAUAGUUAUCUUAUCUCCAGACCGGCAAUACAUCCAGGACAGAGAAUCAGUAGAGAGGCUUCAAGAGCCACUGCUCGAAGUUUUGCAAAAAUUCUGCAAGCUUUAUCACACAGACAAUCCUCAACAUUUUGCAUGUCUCCUGGGACGUCUUACAGAACUCCGGACUUUUAAUCACCACCAUGCAGAUAUGCUGAUGUCUUGGAGAGUUAAUGACCAUAAGUUUACACCUCUUCUUUGUGAAAUAUGGGAUGUUCAGUGA